CUUAACCCUUUAACUGAUGAUGGCAAUAUACGUGCCACCAUCUUAUAGGCCUGAGAAUUCUAAAAGUUUAUUCGAUCUUGCUACUGGAAACGUCACUAAUACAUAGCUGAAUGCACAUCAGUAUUUUUUUUCUUCAAUCAAAUCAAUUAGUAGUGCCAACAUUAAAAAAAAAAAUGUCACUUGAAAAAAAAUUGCCUCAUUUCAAAAGUACAAAGUUUAUUUAAAAAUAUCUCAUCAAUCCUGCAGAUAAAAAUGUACCUACAUGGUGGCAAUAUAAUGUACACCGCCAGUCCAAACCCCGGCAAAGCUCCGCUCCCUCCCUGCUUCCUCCAGACAACGAUCCACAAUGAAGCGGAACAAAGUCCCACCAGAUGAUGCCACCGCCCAUGAGCCGGAAGACAUGCCCGGCACUCCAGAUGGCACGACUUCCGAAGAUGACCCGGAAGAACCGGACCCAGAACAAGCUUCCACCCAAAACGAUUCGGUGAGGGCACCCACAGGCGACGACGCUCCACCCAGCUCGACGGCACCACCGUCCCCACCCCCACCAGCCUGCCAAUCUCCCCCACCCACCAGACCCCCAAGCACCUCAAGACCAACACCAGAGACUCCACACCGAAGUCCCCCAGCCACAAGACCCCAAAGUGCCUCAACAUUUGCACCAACAUCAAAGCCGCCCAGCUGCAAGAGCACCAAGCAACGCAGAACCAACCGCAUCCCCCAUCACACCAGACAGGCCAGACGAAAAUGAACCCCCGGACCCCCCGUCCCCAGACCCAGACUCGGACGAAGAUGAGACCGACUGGAAAAAACAAGAAUGGACCCAGAAACCAGAUCAGCCACCCUGACACUCCGAAAGUUCAAUCCCUAAAACAGCCUCCAAACAGAACGAAACCUCCGACCCACCCCUCUCCACUCUUCAGCGAUGACGCACCAAACACCACUGUGGACCAAACCAAUUUAUACCAAGCCAUGAUUUCUUCUUUAGUGGUUGGUGUAUAAUUUCUCGAUCCUACUUGUACAGCGUAUAAAUUAGUUUGGUCCACAACAAUGUCCA